CCGGUGUCACUACGCUCACCUUUUCCCGGGUGGCAACCCUGUGACAUUCCCAACCAAAGUUCCACCAAAAAUCUUGCCAUUUUUCCGGGUUGCUAAAAGGUGAAUAGCAAUGUUUGCGCUGAGACACCUGCGACUGCCGAGCGCGAUGCACUUCCGCAGCUCUUACGCGGUGGCGGCAACAACAAAACACAUGCUUCUCCGGCGACCAGCGCGUGUUUUGAUUGGAGAUCCAAGCGACUGGGAUAGGCCGCAGAUCCAAAUCCAGGAUAUAUCCUCCAGGUGCUCGAGUACCGCCACUGAACCCGCGAAAAGCCUUACGCCGGUGGAGGAACUCCUGGCAGCCGCCAAACCCUACGCCCAACUGAUGCGAAUCGAUCGACCCAUCGGUACCUACCUCCUUUUCUGGCCAUGCGCCUGGAGCAUAGCCCUCAGUGCGGAUGCAGGAUGCUGGCCAGAUCUCACCAUGCUGGGCCUCUUCGGAACCGGGGCCCUAAUCAUGCGGGGAGCAGGCUGCACGAUCAAUGAUCUCUGGGACAAGGACAUCGAUGCCAAGGUGGAACGCACCCGAAUGCGACCCUUGGCCUCCGGUCAGAUCAGCCAGUUCGAUGCCAUAGUGUUCCUCUCAGCGCAGCUCAGUCUGGGCCUUCUGGUGCUGGUGCAGCUCAACUGGCAGUCCAUUUUGCUGGGGGCCAGUUCCCUGGGUCUUGUGAUCACCUAUCCCCUUAUGAAGAGGGUCACCUAUUGGCCCCAGCUGGUCCUGGGCAUGGCCUUCAAUUGGGGUGCCCUUCUGGGGUGGUGUGCCACCCAAGGCAGCGUCAAUUUGGCCGCCUGUCUGCCGCUCUACCUCUCCGGCGUUUGCUGGACCAUAGUCUACGACACGAUUUACGCCCACCAGGACAAGCUGGAUGACCUGCAGAUAGGCGUGAAGUCGACGGCUCUGAGAUUUGGCGAGAAUACUAAGGCGUGGCUGUCUGGCUUCACAGCAGCCAUGCUGACGGGUCUGUCCACCGCAGGAUGGGCUUGUGAUCAAACGUUGCCCUACUACGCGGCUGUUGGGAUAGUCGGAGCUCAUUUAGUGCAGCAGAUUUACUCCCUCAACAUUGACAACCCCAGCGACUGUGCCAAAAAGUUCUUAUCCAAUCACCAAGUGGGACUCAUUCUCUUCCUUGGCAUUGUUCUGGGCACCCUCCUAAAGUCGGACGAAACUAAGAAAAAAACCCAAACCACUCUGACGACUUCUACGGCCAGCUCAUAUGUUCCAUCGUUGCCCCAAAAGCCAGAAGUUAUAAGCUGAGAUAAUCCAUCACAGCGAAGGUUGUAGUGUUAAUUAAUGUUUAUAGCGCGCUAUUUUGUUCGCCACAACCAAAGUCUUUAGGUAUCUGAUUAGGUAAAACCGUGUAAAUAGGCUUGUGACAAUUGUUAGUUUAUUUGCAAUAUUUUAAGUCUAACAAAAGAUUACUAAGUGCACAGCUCACUUAAACAUAAAUUAACUUUUAAUUGUAAAUACCUGCCCUGACGUAAGAACUUACGUUAAUCUCCUAUCCCCGAAACCCCUUCUCCCAUUUCUAAAACAAACUGGUUUCUGUAUUAAAUUCUUAUGUGUUAUUUAUUAUUAUA